AUGACUGCCGAUCCCAAGGCCAUUCGUCCGGCUCGGAGCGUCCCGCUUAUCUCGGCGGCUGCUGCCAUAGCGGCCAUUGGCGUGCUGGCGGCGACUGUCUUGCCCAGCAUUGGCUCGCACAUCACCAACAUCUUUAGCACAAGUCCCACGCCGGAGCUUGAGCCCGUUGCGCGAGCUGCUACCGCCUGCCACCAGCUCAAGGCCAAGCUCGGGUCCAUCAUCACGCUGCCGACGGAUGCGCCAUACUCGAGCUUGACCGAGGAGAACUGGUCGCAGUCGUGUUGGCUGCCGGCGGCCUGCAUCGCACAGCCUGCGUCGGCCGCUCACGUGCAGCAGCUCGUUACUGCGCUCGCCGCUGCCAAGGUCCCGUUCGCCAUUCGGUCCGGCGGACACUCGCCCAGCCCCCACGACGCAUCCAUCGACUCAGCCGGCGUGCUGAUCGCCCUGGACAAGUUGGACCAGGUUACCUACGACUCGGCAACGUCGCUCGUCACCCUCGGCGCUGGCGCGAGAUGGGACGCCGUCUACACGCUCCUUGACUCGCACAACGUCACCAUGGUCGGAGGCCGCGUCAUGCCCGUGGGUGUUGGCGGGUUGACGCUCGGCGGAGGCUUGUCCUACCUGUCGGACCUGUACGGCUUGGUCUGUGACAACGUCGCCAGCUUCGAGGUGGUAUUAGCCGACGGCAGCCUAGUCGAGGCUAACGCAGCGUCUCAUCCCGACCUGUUUUGGGCACUGAAGGGCGGCUCGAACAACUUUGGCAUUGUCACGUCGUACCGAUCCACGACUUACCCGAUCAAGAAUUGCUGGGGCGGCAUGUUGGUGUUCACCCCGGACCAGCUUUCCGAUGUGCUGUUGGCUUUCAACGAAUACCAACACACUCCCGACAAGGAUCUGCACGCCAAUCUGGUACUCAAUGUCGCCGUGAACAAUGCAUCGGUGCUGCUCACCCUCGUCUACCUGCAGCCGGUAGAGCGCCCUGCGGCCUAUGCUCCCUUCUACAAGCUGACGCCGGCGGCUGACAUGACAGGGUUCUACACCCUACACGAGAUCAUGGGCAUGUUCCCUCUUCCCAACGUCCAGCGGAAGAUGUGGUACACCAAUAGCUUUGAGCCCAGCCCGUCCAUGUUCAAGGGGCUCGCCCACAUCUUCCAGACGGCGCCCGAGGUGACCAAGUUGGCUGCCCUCACGGCGGCCACCAUGAUCCUCACCCUGCAGCCGAUCCACCCCAACGUCAUCCACCAGGGGCAAGCCAAGGGCGGCAACGCGCUGGGUCUCGAGCCCCGCACGCAGACCUGGUUCGGGCUCAACUACGGUUGGUGGUUUCCCGAAGACGAUGCCACCGCGCUACGUCUGCUGCCAGCCCUACACGACCGCGUAGACGAGCUGGCUAAGCGGGAGCACGUCUGGCUCAAGUACAUCUUCAUGAACGAUGCCUUCCACACGCAGCCCGUCAUUGCCUCGUACGGGCACGACAACGUCGCCCGUCUUAGAACCGUGCAGAGGAAGUAUGAUCCGAAGCGGGUCUUCCAGACACUGGUACCCGGCGGACAGAAACUGCCAGCGUAA